AUUUCUCUAUAAAUAAAGCAUCACUUCAGCUAUCUCGGGGGGAGACACACUCGAAGAGAGAGAAAGAUACCUCGAUUCGAAUUCGAUUUUCGUUUCUCACUCUUCCCCGUAUGGCGAAACCUCGCAAGACCAAGAACAACGAAGACCCGAAGCCCGAAAACUCUGGUGCCCUAGUUCACCACCAGAAGCUAUGUCUCUCCAUUGACAUCGACAAACGCCUAGUCCACGGGUACACUGAAUUGGAAAUUGCGGUGCCGGAGAUUGGGAUCGUAGGGUUGCACGCGGAGAAUUUAGGGAUUGAGAGUGUUUGGGUCGAUGGUGAGCCCACGGAGUUCGAGUAUUACCCGCAUCAGCAGCAGCAGGUGGAAGAUGAUAAGAGGUUUAGUUCUGUGUGUUCUCCCAGCUCUGCUGCCGAUGCUGCUGUCUCAGUGUACAUGUCCUCUCUGGAGAAGGAGCUGGUGCCCAAUUUACUUAUUAACUGCUGUAAACCUUCCAAGACUGAAAGUGAACAACAGCAGGAGCAAACAGUUCCCGAGAACGGGUUUCACUCCACGGCCGAGCCCAAACAGAAUGUGAGAAUUGUUCGUAUUGACUAUUGGAUAGAAAAGGCAGAGACAGGAAUCCACUUCAGAAAUAAUCUUCUUCAUACUGAUAAUCAGAUAAGAAGAGCUAGAUGUUGGUUCCCCUGUAUAGAUGACAAUUCACAACGAUGCUGCUAUGACCUGGAGUUCACUGUGGCACACAAUCUUGUGGCUGUUAGUACGGGAUUCUUGCUUUAUCAGGUCUUAAGCAAGGACAAUCCUCCUAGGAAAACAUAUGUCUAUAAAUUGGAUGUUCCAGUAGCUGCAAGGUGGAUAUCUUUGGCUGUUGCCCCAUUUGAAAUUUUUCCUGAUCACCAAUUUAGUCUCAUAUCACACAUGUGCUUGAUGCCUAAUCUGUCAAAGAUGCGGAAUACAGUGGAAUUUUUCCACAGUGCCUUCAGCUGCUAUAAGGAUUAUCUUGCUGUAGACUUCCCAUUUGACUCAUACACGCAAGUUUUCAUAGAGCCAGAGAUGGCUGUGUCUUCACUGAGUUUAGGAGCCUCUAUGAGUAUAUUUAGUUCACAAGUUUUGUUUGAUGAGAAGGUUAUUGAUCAGACUAUUGACACAAGGGCAAAACUUGCAUAUGCUCUUGCAAGACAGUGGUUUGGGGUGUAUAUCACUCCCGAGACACCAAAUGAUGAGUGGCUCUUGGAUGGACUUGCUGGCUUCUUGACAGAUUUUUAUAUCAAGAAACAUUUGGGAAAUAAUGAGGCACGAUACAGGAGAUACAAGGCAAAUUGUGCUGUUUGCAAAGUUGAUAAUGGUGGAGCGACAGCUUUGAGCUGUUCAGCUUCCUGCAAGGAUUUAUAUGGAACUCAGUGUAUUGGUUUGUAUGGAAAAAUAAGAUCGUGGAAGUCUGUGGCUGUUCUUCAGAUGUUGGAAAAGCAAAUGGGUCCUGAAUCUUUCCGUAGAAUUUUACAAACGAUAGUUUCUCGGGCUCAAGAUAAAACACGUUCCAUGAAGACUCUAAGUACUAAGGAGUUUCGACAUUUUGCCAAUAAGGUUGGGAAUCUUGAACGUCCAUUUCUUAAGGAUUUCUUUCCACGGUGGGUUGGUUCUUGUGGGUGUCCUGUUUUAAGGAUGGGGUUUUCCUAUAACAAAAGGAAGAAUAUGGUUGAAUUGGCUGUGUUGCGAGGAUGUACAGCAUUGCAGACUUCAACUACAUCCACUCUUGAUAUUAAUCCAGAGACAGAAAAUAGAGAUGGAGAUACUGGAUGGCCUGGUAUGAUGAGCAUCAGGGUAUAUGAACUUGAUGGUAUGUAUGACCAUCCUAUUCUGCCAAUGGCUGGAGAAGCAUGGCAACUGUUGGAAAUACAAUGCCACUCAAAGCUUGCUGCUAGACGCUUUCAGAAGCCCAAGAAAGGGUUAAAACAUGAUGGAUCUGAUGAUAAUGGUGACGUGCCUUCCAUGGAUGUGCGCUCAAAUACUGAGUCCCCUUUAUUAUGGAUCAGAGCAGAUCCUGAUAUGGAGUACCUUGCCGAGGUUCACUUUAACCAACCUGUUCAGAUGUGGAUCAAUCAAUUAGAGAAGGACAAAGAUGUUAUUGCUCAGGCACAAGCAAUUGCAGCUCUUGAGGCAUCACCACAACUAUCAUUUUCUAUUGUAAAUGCCCUAAACAAUUUUCUCGGUGACUCCAAGGCCUUUUGGAGAGUACGGAUUGAAGCGGCAUUUGCAUUGGCAAAUUCAGCAUCUGAGGAAACUGAUUUUUCUGGUCUACUCCAUUUGGUGAAAUUUUAUAAGAGUAGAAGGUUUGAUCCUGACAUUGGACUCCCAAAGCCGAAUGAUUUUCAUGAUUUUGCUGAGUAUUUUGUUCUUGAGGCUAUUCCACAUGCUGUUGCCAUGGUUAGAGCCGCUGACAAGAAAAGCCCAAGAGAGGCUAUCGAGUUUGUUCUACAAUUAUUGAAGUACAAUGACAACAAUGGGAAUCCCUACUCAGAUGUCUUUUGGCUUUCUGCAUUAGUCCAAUCGGUUGGUGAGCUUGAGUUUGGGCAACAGAGUAUUCUGUUGUUGUCGUCACUUCUCAAACGCAUUGACCGGCUUCUACAAUUUGAUAGUCUCAUGCCAAGAUAUAAUGGAAUCUUGACUAUCAGUUGUAUCCGAACAUUGACCCAGAUUGCUUUAAAGCUUUCGGGUUUCAUUCCUCUUGAUCGAGUUUUUGAACUUGUAAAGCCUUUUCGUGACUUGAAGACACUGUGGCAAGUUCGAAUUGAAGCAAGCAGAGCACUCCUUGACCUUGAAUUCCACUGCAAGGGCAUGGAUUCAGCAUUGCUUUUAUUUAUCAAGUACUUAGAGGAGGAGCAUUCCUUAAGAGGACAGUUAAAGCUAGCCACCCAUGUUAUGAGGCUAUGUCAGAUGAGGGAUGGAUUGAAUUCAGAUGAGGAAAUUACCAGCCAAACUCUUGUCUCUAUGCUUAAUUUACUGGAAGGGCGUACUGCUUUUAAUAAUGUCUUUCUCCGGCAUUAUUUGUUCUGCAUACUACAAAUACUUGCAAGAAGACCACCAACUCUUCAUGGGAUUCCCAGGGAAAAUAGAACGUUGCAUAUGAGUCUUACCGAAGCUUGUAACUAUCAGAAGAACAUGUUUGUUCUUGAUUCGGAUAGCAAACCUUUGGAUCUGCCAAGCUCUACUCAAAACCCUACACCAAAUCUUUGCCUAGAUGAUUUGAGGGAUGCACUUAACGAAGCUUCUAAGGACCCACCUGAUGAAGCUCCGGUACAGGUGCACAUUGAAGCUCUGAAUGAAGCACCCCUAGAGAAAGCCGAAGAAGUAUAUACUGAAUUUCCACAGGAAGCGCCAAUGGAAGCUCCAAAUGAAGUUUCCAAGGAAGCUGAUACUGUAUCGAAUAGCCAUGAAAGAAAGAGGCUCAUUAAAAUCAAGGUCAAACAAUCUUCUGCCACCAGUAGGGCUGAUACUGAUAAUCAAGUGGUUGAACGUUCUUUAGGUGGUCGUAACGAAAUGGACCAUGGAGCUAGCAGUUCAGUUUCUGUAGAUGCACCCCAGAGGAAUUUUGCCGAGACUCUUAGCAUGAGUAAUCACAAUAUAGACGAAGUUAAUUCUUGGCAUGAUCGUGGUUCGCGCAUGACUGCUAGCAUUGGUAGUGCUAAAUUUUUGAGUGACGGUGAUGAAUUAGUCAAAGAACUUCAGUGCACUGCUGAUUCAAGUAUAGUUUAUUCACAACCUCAGCCAGAAGAUCCGUCAUCAUCCAGUAUUAUACAGGAUAACAAUGUAGAUGCUGAUGCACGACGAUAUGCCAGCCUUCAAACUCUUUCAGUUGCAAGAUUUGAUCCUGAGGGAGAAUCAUUAGGUAAAGAAAUUUCUGCUCGUGGCAAGGAAAAACACAAAAGCAAGGAAAAGAAACGAAAACGGGAAAGUAAUAAAGGACAUCACGAUGAUCCAGAAUAUUUGGAGCGAAAGCGACUAAAGAAGGAGAAAAAACGACGGGAAAAAGAACUGGCAAAACUUCAGAGUGAUGAAGCGAAGAGAUCCUCUGUAGACUUGUCAAGUAAGAAAGAGGAACCUGUAGUGGACGUUUCCAGACAGAUUAAAUCUGUUGAGCCAGGCGGCGGACAUAGUUCUAAAUUAGAAACCAAAAAGAUUGAUAGCAAACCGGAUCCAUCCGAAGGCACGUCUGGUGCACCAAAAAUUCGAAUUAAAAUUAAAAACCGAAUGCUCAACAAGUCAUAGAGAAUAAAACGUCCAUUAUUUUGUAUAUUCUAGAAUGAAAAUUACAACGCCUUCAUAUUUUCUGGGUUGUAUUUUUCUUUUCCUUACCCGGCGUACACGAAUUAGGUAUUUCCAAAUAUUGAUUCCAUGAGCUUCAUUCGUUGUUAGUUCUAAACUAUGAUUGGAGAGAUGUGUAUGAUUGAAAUUUCAAUCAUACAAUAUUUGUUAUCGAUGUAAAUGAUGCGUAUCACGAUUUUUUUAGGAUAUUGUUGUAAAUUUACUUGUAGUUGUAAAUUUAUAAUUUUGUUGUGGUCUA